UGCGGGCGGAAGGGGGCAUGGCAGGAAGCGAAGAUGGUUUUGGAUUCCAUUCCCUUGGUUUAUUUUUACCUACUUCCCUGUUCCCUGCCAGCCCCCCUCCGUCUCCUCUUCCCCCUUCCUCCGCUCUUGUCGUUUGUCGUUUGUUAUCAUGGUCCCCGAAGGAGCCCGCCCCGCAGGAUCCAUGAAAUUCUGCAUUCGACGUGUAUGACCCCCCUUCCUCGCAUUUACCUACACUUCGCCGUUUUUGCCGCACCCGUUGCUCCUGUCAGGGCCGCCUGGACUUAACAAAGGCAUGGGUCAAGCUGCGGCGGUUAGUUCGCCUCAGUCGACAGAUCGCUUAAGA